UACGCAUGCUCAUAGCUGGAUUAAGCGCUUUCAUGAUCCUCGCCCGCGCAGGCCCAGAAAGUGUCACGUUGGAGCGGGAGCGUGCGCAGUAGCUGCACGCGGCGGAGUGUAUUUUGUUCCGGCGAGUCUUUGAUCUGCAGACGGGGCCGAAUUCAAAUUCCGAAAGCUACCGCAAAGUGACCAAAAUAAAGCGCAGACCGGCACGCGCUCGAAGCUGAUGCGCCCGGUCCGCGAGUCGCACCGACUCAUUUGAUGUUGCGCUACGCGCGCGGGAUUCAUCACAUUUGAUUUUGCGUGAGUCUCGAGCGCGUGCGGCCGCGCGGCGUCUCAGGCGACUCUUUCUUUUCGCGGCGCUCCGGCCGGGGUCUCUGCGCGUCGAGUGCCGGUGCCAGUGCCAGUGCGGCAGUGGUCAACAGCGCGAGCCGUCCUGGUGACUGACUCGUCCGGCCACGAGCAGCAGCAGGAACAUGGCGGAGCGCGUGGACGCGGCCGCGCGUUCUGGGGCAGCAGAUGAGGAUGCUGAGGAGCUCGACGGGGGAGCAGCACAGGAAGCUGUUGCUGUGGCGAUGCCUGCUUUCGGGGAGGAAGGGAAUGGUGGCCGUAGCUCCGUGACCUCUGACCCCAGUCCACCUGAAGAUUCGGCAGCAGGAGGGGACGGACAGGAAGACGCGGAACGGUUUGGGUCCCACCCCGGGGAUAACAAGGGGCGAGCGGCGGGGGACACGGGGAACGGAGGGGGCGGUGAUGCUCGCUUCCCGGAGGACCCGGAUGCCUCGGCCGAAGACCCAGAUGGAGGGUCGCCGAAGGACGGCUGCGGAAUGGACAGCGCAGCCGCAGCCCCCCCGAUGCUGCCACGGGCUCGAAGCAGUGAGCGGCACACGGGGGACACGAGUGACGACACCGCGCAGCGGCGUCCUGCGCACGAGGACCACAUGCAGGCGGAGGAGACGCAGGAGACAUCCUCGGGUCUCCCGGAGCCCCCCCCCAAAAGCGUCACUGCGAAUAGCGGCUGCAACAACACAGAGGUGUCCACGGUGCCCGAGGGGGGGUUUGCCACGAUCCCAGAGCCAGUACUGCACGUCCAAGAAGACGGGGGUGAGGUGACGCAGGAGCCCUUGACUCCGCCCCCUGGGAUCGAUGGGAAACUCAGCAGUAUCAACGGGAGGAGGCGGAGCAACUCAAUCACCCUCCCUUUGAAGAUCAAGGACGAGCCAAUGGACGAGGAGUAUGACUGUGCCCUCGCACCCCAGCACCUGCCGGAGGGCAUUAAGGACGAGCCCUGUUUCCCAGAGGAGUUCGGCCAUCAGCACAAGUCCUGCAAGGAGCUGAAGAUCAGCGCCGUUUUCUCCGUGGGAGGCAGCGCGGGCUCCGCCGCUCUGUCGUCAGUGGACCAGCCAGCAAAGGAGCAGACGGCACCCCCUAGGACCAUGACGGUGAACACGUCCUCCGUGGGCUCCGGCUCUGUCGUGCCCGCUGCCCCCACGGCCCCCCCCGCCUCCUCCGCCUCGGUCCGCGUUUCCUGCUGUGGGUGCAAGAAGGUUCUGCUCAAGGGGCAGACGGCGUACCAGCGCAAGGGCUCCUCGCAGCUCUUCUGCUCCACCAUCUGCCUGACGAGCUACAAUGUGCCGUCCAUCCAGUCUGUGCUGCGGAAGACCUGCCACUCCUGCUGGAAGGAGAUCUCGAACCCAAAGGAUGUGAUCAUCGCCCCUGUGGACGCUGCCGGCACCAUGAAGGACUUCUGCAGCCAGUCCUGCCUCUCGGAGUUCGACGUGAAGCGGAAGGCGCUGAGCUCGGCGCCCGCCGCCGAUGGGAUCACCAUCAAGUGCAGCAUGUGCCAGAAGACGGCAGCGAUCCGCCACGAGGUGAACUACCAGGGCGUCGUGCACAAGCUCUGCAGUGAUGGCUGCUUCUCCCGCUUCCGCUCCAACAACAAGCUCACCAUGAACUGCUGCGACAACUGUGGUGGCUACUGCUACAGCGGCGGUGGGGGGGGCGGUGGCAGCCAGAGCAACAUGCUGCAGAUAGAGGGCGCCACCAAGAAGUUCUGCAGCCCCGCCUGCCUCAGCACAUACAAACAGAAGAGCACCAGGGUGUCCCCCUGCGCCAUGUGCUUCUCGUUGCGCUCCUCGGCCGAAAUGGUGGAGAGCGUCACCUCCCAGGGCAUGACGGAGCUCUUCUGCUCCACCGGCUGCGUCACGGCCUACAAAGUGCAGAGUGUGCGUUCCUCAGGAACCGCAGUCCAAUGCAACCAGUGCAAAGUGACGGCCGUACCCCAGUACCACCUGGCCAUGUCGGACGGCUCCAUGCGCAGCUUCUGCUGCUACAGCUGCGUUAUCGGCUUCCAGACGGAGUUCAACAAACUCGCCACUCAGGCCCAGAUGAAUGUGAUCCCACACGGCCCGUCGGUCCCCAUCGUCACGGCGCCCCAGCCCACCGCCCCCUGCACAGCGGCCCCCGAUGCCACGGCCCCCAAGGCCCCGCCCCUCAUCGUGUCCCUCGCGCCUUCGGCUCGCUGUCCGGUCAGGCUCACCUGCAGGCAGUGCGGCCGCCUCUUCGCCUCCAAGCCGGAGCUGUUCGCCUUCAAGGGUGAGAUGAUCCAGUUCUGCGGGAAGACGUGUGCCGAGGAGUUCAAGAAGGCGAACUUGAUCAUGGCGCGAUGCGAGUACUGCAAGAUCGACAAGAUCCUGAAGGAGGUGAAGAUGAUCAACCACCGGGAGUGCUCUUUCUGCAGCGAAGGCUGCAAGCUGCUGUACAAACACGACCUGACGAAGCGCUGGGGACGCCACUGCCAGUCGUGCGCCUACUGCUCCAACACGUCCCAGCGGGUUGUCCAGAACCACUUUGCCGGCAAGCUGGAGGAGUUCUGUGGAGACUCCUGCAUGUCCCACUACACGGUGCUCUUCUACCAGAUGUCGAGGUGCGACACAUGCAAGCGGCAGGGGAAGCUCAUCGAGUCCAUCCAGUGGCUGGGGGACAUGAAGCACUUUUGCAAUCUGCAGUGUCUCCUGCAGUUCUGCAGCCAGCAGAGUCCCGUCGAUGCCCAGGUCACGAUGGCACCUUUGCCGGCAUCUGUUCCAGUGGCCCUUGCGGUGCCCCCCAGCACGGUGCCUACAAUGCCCUGCCCCUCCUCGCUCGCUUCCAAGGAGGCCACGCCCGUCAUCGCCAAUGUCGUGUCGCUCUCCAGCGCCCCCGUGGGCCAGCCCAGCGUGUGCGCCAACACCGCGCUGCAAGGAACUAUUCCGACCACGCAGGCCAAAGUCACUGGACACGCCAGCACGCAGACGGACUCCCUGAAGCUGCCCCCCCCAACACCGCGGGUGCUCAAGAACAAGGCUCUGCUCUGCAAACCCAUGAACCUGAACAAGGGCACCAUCUGCAAGCCCCACACACAGAGCACACACACGCAGACAGAGGAGGAGCUGUCCCGUGUGCUCGUGCUGCCUGUUCCCAUUCCUGUGUUCAUCCCUGUGCCGCUGCACCUGUACACACAGCACACGCAACACACGCCUGUUCCUGUGGGGGUGCCUGUACCGGUCCCCCUGAUCCUGCCGGCUGUGCCGGGAGGCACUGUGCACAUUGCCGACCCCGACCAGGGGGUGAAGGGAAAGACGGCGCCUGACCCUGAGGUCGACCUGCGAGUGGCUGACAUGCCCGCUGAGGAGGGGGUGGAGACAGAGAAGGGGGUCUCUCAAGGAGACCAGGACAGCCGGUCUAUCGGCGGCCCGGAGUCGGCAGCUGCGUCCACCCCUUCCAGCUGGGCAGACGAGAUGGCAUCCAAUGGGCAGCAUGCGGGCGGGACCCCCAGUGAGACUGUGUCCCUGGCAGAGCUGCUGGACCUCGAGGCUGACCACCCCAUCGAGUCGCCUGACGCCUCACUGGUGAAAACACGGCACUUGGCGCCGAGGCAUCGAGUUCGUCGGAGACCUCGAGAUGGCUUUCCACCCAGGAAGCGGGGGAGGAAGCAUAGAUCUGCAGGCUUGGCAACGGGAGCAUUUCCUGAAGAGUCUCCCCCUGUUGGUGACGCAAAGCUGCUUCACAUGUAUGGCGUUAAUGUGUGGAAGAGCUGGGUUCAGCAGAGGAAGCGACAGCCUGAGAACAAUAAACCCGCACUAGAGAUGCAACCUGUGGAGCUGAAGGAGGACCUCCUCCAGUGCAGCCCUGUGGAGCUCAGUUAUGGCCUCAGUCUCUUUGUCAGUGGAGUGCGGCGGCCCAGUGGAGAGUCCUACUGUGCCGACAGCUUGCUCUACCUCUGCCUGGGCAUUCAGCAGUACCUGUGUGAGAACGGGCGCUCAGACAACAUCUUCACCGACGUGCUGUACAGUAGCUUUGCGGAGCAGAUCACCAAGAUACUGAGCGACUGGACGCCCGCUGUGCUGCCCGGUGGCUACCUGCACUCGCGGGUCCAGGAGGAGCACCUGUGGCAGUGUAAGCAGCUGGGGACGCACUCGCCUGCCGUCCUGCUCAACACACUCCUCCUCUUCACCACUAAGCUGCUGCAGCUGAAGACACCGGGCCAACAUGGCCGUCUGUCCUUUGCUCACAUCUCAUGUGGCACCAGGAAACUUGGAAACAACAGUGGGAGAAACGUGCUGCGCUUCUGCCUGCCUGUGCAGAAAAGAAAGGACGGCAGUACAGACAAAGCAGUGACUCUUGGGAAGAGGAGAAAGGAGGAGGAGGAAGGGGAAGUGAUGGAGAUGCCAGAGAACACGGAAGACCCCCUGCGUUGUCCUGUCAGACUCUACAAGUUCUACCUCUCUAAGUGCCCGGACUCGGUGAAGCAGCGUACAGACAUGUUGUACCUGCAGCCCGAGUUCCCCUCGGUGCCCGACUGCCCCCUGUGGUUCUCCUCCCAGCCGCUGGAGAGCAGCACCCUGGAAGCCAUGCUCAUCCGCAUCCUGGCCGUGCGUGAGGUGCACCUGGACGGGGAGCAGGCGCCACCUCAGGCCACGCACGCUGACAACGAGGCUUCGGACUGAGAGGAGCGGCGAGCCGCUCGCCCGCAGGGGAGGAAAGUGGAUUUGACCUUGUUAGCAGGCGAGGUGGGCGCAGACACACGCUUCCUCUGAAUGUAAUCUGCGUUUCGCUUGUGCGGGACGACGAAGGACCGGCACGAUUCCGGACGCUGAAUGUAUCGCCGAAAGGCCGGCUGCGAGGCCGCUGUGUCUCUGCUCCGUCCUUUCCUUACGAGUCAGUAAACGGGCGGUGGGUUGGCUUGAAAGGAGCAAACUAAACGGGAUAUGCAUGGAGUCAAGUUCAGAUCAGGAAUGUUGUUGCACCGAUUCAUUUGGAUGAAUGGGUGGUGGUCUCCUCCAGCCACUGCUGCCACUGCACAGGAGGGAAGAUUGCAGAAACAUGGAAUGAACUAUACUGUAUGUUUCUUUGGGUUUCGGUGCAAUGGACCAGCACUCCGCACAUGCUGGUAGGUCGCUUUGCACUUCCCAAAUGUUUGACCUCUCCUUCAGCGUGGUCUCCACAGCUGGACAUGGCAGUUGAGACACUAGGGGCCGCACGUCGGCCUGCCCUCCGCCGUGGGAGCGAACACGCCGCACAAGGGCCGGCUGCCUGGCUGCUUACACACUGCACUGCUGGUCUGCUUCCAGGAUGUGUUGUAGGCAAAAGAAACUUUUGUAAUCCUUUUUUUAUGCAUUAAAAAGUGGUGUGGAA